UACAACUAUACAUCGAGACGUAGACAAUUAAUCUAUAAGCGUAAAAAGGCCAUCACUGGGUGUUGGUAAAACCUACCACGUGCUACCACUAUAGCAUUUUGAUAUAUGGUUAUAUAUUUUGUUUAGUUAUGGUUUCUGUACACUAAAAUUUAGCACCCAUUAUUCAUGCAUCAAUUUCAUUACCCCAAGUGUCAGUUUGUUAACAUGACCUAUUCAAAAAGUAUAAGUAGGAGACUUUUUAAAAAUCACUAAAUACAAUAAUGCAUUUUGGACAGUCGUCUAAAAAAUGAGCAGGUGAUAAUAAAAUACCGAUAAGGUGAUAACGAUUGCAGGAUUACACAAUACACACUCCUUUAUUUUUGAAAUACGAACAUGAAUUAACAAGAUAGUGCACAGUGCACACUUUCACUUCAGUACUAUUACCAAAAGCUAUACCACGCUAUACCAUAUAUACAACCGUAGUUUAACACCUUGACAUAGAUUCAUAGUUUCUUCCGUUUCUUUAUGCUAGUGUUUUGAUUACUUUAACCUAAAACCAAAACGUAGUUCGAUCGAAAAAUGUCUGACAAACAUUUAGCAAGCGGUAAGUUUAUCACCAUAAAUAUUUGAACCCUCCACGCAAAGGAUUUCCAAUUUUAGGUUCCGUAGAACCUCCCCGCGAGCCUGGCCUACUCAGGCUUUAUUCAAUGAAAUAUUGCCCGUUUGCACAGAGACCUAGGUUAGUUUUGAAAGCUAAAGGUAUACCUCACGACAUUGUGAAUAUCAACUUAACGAGAAAACCUGAAUGGUACCUCAAAAUCCAUCCUAAAGGGUUUGUCCCAGCCCUAUUAGAUGGCUCAGACAUAAUAUUAGAAAGUAUCGAUAUAUGCGAUUACUUGGAAGAAAAAUUCCCCGAAAAUUCUCUGUAUCCUUCUGAUCCAGAGAUAAAAAAACGAGAUAAGGAACUCAUCCAAAAAUUAGGACCAGUCACGUCUACUUUCUACAAAUGCUGUCUUAACAUGGAAGAAAAAACUCUGGAACAAUGGGCUCGAGUUUUCGUUGAGAUGUUACAGGAAUUCGAGAAUGAACUUGCUGAAAGAAAAACUGCAUAUUUUGAUGGGGACAAACCUGGCAUGUUGGACUAUCUAAUCUGGCCUUGGGCGGAGCGAGCAGGUUUAAUAACCCUUAUGAAGGGAAAAUUACCCCUAAAAGACACAGAUAUACCUUUGUUGAGAAAAUGGCGCAAAGUAAUGCAAGGAUAUCCAAUUUGUGCAGAAUUAAUAUCGCCCAUAGAAACGCACUUGAAAAUGUAUCAGGCUAAAAUGAAUAAUGUUGAGCCUAAUUAUGAUGAGUAAACGUAAUUAAGUACUUAUGUUUCAAACAUUUGUAGGCUUUUAUCUAUGUAUACAUAUUAAAAUAAAUAUAAAUAUUGAAA